ACACGCUGCGACUACACAGACAAAAAGCUUUCUCAAAUAUUAUUCAUGCAGAAGCGUCAUGAUACAUUUGCAGCAUCUAAGAAGUGCUCAAUAAUUCAUACCGUGUAUUGUCAUCAGCAGAGCACUUGUACCAAAAACCCAUCAAAAUUCCAGACACAAUAUCUUCUUCCGUACAACUUGAACGAUCAACAACUUUUACCUUACGCCAUGAAACCGGCAUCAGAACGACAGCUCAGUGCAAACAAUUAACUGCAGCCGCAGCAGGUGAAACCAGGUGGUAAACGUGUCCCGGAAAACUUGGAGAAAAAACAGUCUAGAUCGUUUCGACACGACACUGCACGGGACACAACAGGGGUGGAAGGAACUUUCCUAGUGCACACUAACACCAGCAGCCAACAAAGGGAAAAUGAACCCGGCAAAAGCCGAACCGUUCGGUAGAUCCUCGGAAUGAACUACAUUUCGCCGAUUUUCAUGACCAUCAGGCUUUUCGGUUCCGAAAACUUUGCCGGCUUUCAUUCGACGGUUAAGCUUCGCUCGCGUUGGUUGUUCUCAUUUUCCGAAACUUCCGUGCCGCAGUAGCCAACCGCUACCGAAGAGUGACGUGGGAAAAUCGUACAAUUUCGGAAACACCGACCGACGGCGACGGGAAAAGUUCGCUGAGCGAAACGGAUCCUUGUGACAGCGGCAGUGGAUGAUUAUACCCUCAUUAUAAACUCACUAGUGAGCCAACAGGGUUAUGGAAAUGAAUGUUAAAAUGUGCUCUUGAAGUGUAUGAAGAAAUAAGUGUUUAUACGGAUUAAACGACGGCUCUGACGGUGUCUGAAAAUUUCCGCAGUUUUCCUAUCGUAACGAGACAGUAAAAACCGUGACAUUGGAGCACAGAAGCAGUCCCGCACAAACCACGUGGUACGCAACGGAUCCGCCACCCUUACCGCAACCGCUGCAGCAACGAACACCCAAUCGCAUCCGGGCGCCGACCUGUGGACGUCGGUUUCAGCGCCACAGUAGUAGUCGUGGCGAUGACCACCAAGGUGGACGGUCCCAGUAGUUGCAUUCGGAACAACGGACACGAAAUGGCCCCGCUGAACACGCGGGCUCGCGGGGAUGGGACGCAUGGCGUUACCAUAAUGCUGUCCCCGCCGGAUCGAAAUUCGAUCGGAUCACGGGAAGGAGCUGGUCUGCCGGACGGUGAUCCCGAUCGGGCUGCCUGGUCCGGUAAAAUGCAAUUUUUCCUCAGUAUUAUCGGUUACUCCGUCGGAUUGGGAAACAUCUGGCGGUUUCCGUACCUGUGCCAGCAGAAUGGAGGAGGUGCCUUUCUCAUUCCGUUCAUGAUUAUGCUUAUCCUGGAAGGCAUUCCCCUCUUCCUGAUAGAGUUAGGCAUGGGCCAGCGGAUGCGGCUGGGCGCCCUCGGCGUGUGGAACACGAUCCAUCCCUGGCUGGGUGGAAUCGGCAUUUCCUCCUGCAUCGUGACGCUGUUCGUAGCGAUCUACUACAAUGUGAUUAUAACCUGGUGCUUCUACUACUUCUUCAACAGCUUUCGGGUCACACUACCGUGGGCUGAGUGUCCACAGCUAAAUGGGACGGAUGUGCCAGAAUGUGAACGGUCGUCGGAGACUGCCUACUUUUGGUACCGAACAACUUUGGACGCCUCGCCCAGUAUCGAAGAACCGGAAGGCUUCAAAUGGUGGAUUGUGCUCUGUUUACUGCUGUCUUGGACGGUUGUGUUCUUCAUCGUGAUGAAGGGCAUCCAAAGCUCGGGCAAGGUGGUUUAUUUCACUUCGCUCUUCCCGUACAUCGUGCUGACGAUUUUCUUCAUACGAGGAAUCACACUGAAAGGCGCCGGCGCCGGACUGAUGCACAUGUACACUCCCAAGGUGGAGAAAUUACUGGAACCGACGGUCUGGCUGGACGCGGCCACGCAGGUGUUUUACUCGUUCGGGCUGGCCUUCGGAUCGCUGAUUGCUUUCGGCAGCUAUAAUACACCAAAAAAUAAUUGCGUCCGGGAUGUGAUCCUGGUAUCGGUGUGUAACGCCGUAACGGCUAUUUACGCCAGUGUUGUGAUAUUCGCCAUUCUCGGUUACAAAGCGACGGUUGGCGUCGAUAGAUGUAUCUCAGUAAAUAAGGGAAUUUUAGUCAAACAUGGAGUGCUUCCUUCGGUGCACGUGGACAAUGUGGAAUACGAACGCGCGAUGCACACUCUGGAUCCGCUGGCAAGCGCAAAUUGGACGCUUGAGCAUUGCAGCUUAGAGGAACAGUUGGACAGUGCCGCCGAAGGCACCGGGCUUGCCUUUAUCGUAUUCACUCAAGCCAUCGUUCAACUGCCAGGCGCACCCUUCUGGGCCGUACUCUUCUUCACUAUGCUGCUGUCGCUCGGUCUUGGAUCUCAGAUCGGUAUUCUAGAAGGAAUGCUCUGUACGAUAUUCGAUAUCGAUAUCUUUAAGCGGAUUAGAAAACCCUAUGUUACCGGCGUUGUGUGUGUGAUUUGCUUCACAGUAGGAUUGAUUUUCACCACGGGAGCAGGAGAGUAUUGGCUCAAGAUGUUCGACUCGUUUGCCGGAACAAUUGGAUUGGUCGUAGUGGCUCUAAUGGAAACCAUUGCGGUUAUCUACAUCUACGGACACAAAAAGUUCACGGAAGAUAUCUAUCAAAUGACGGGAAUCCGACCUGGAUUGUACUGGCAGAUGACCUGGAGGUAUAUAGGGCCGGUCAUCAUGUUCGGUAUCCUCCUGUCGUCGAUACUAAGUAUGAUACUUCGAAACCCCACGUAUGCAGCAUGGAAUGGUGAACUGGGCAUCACCGAGAACAAAUCCUACCCGGAUUGGGUGAUGGGAAUAGCAUUAGCCAUGAUCGUCGCAUCCGUGCUUCCGAUGCCACUGGUAUUCCUACUGCGACGGUUCCAGAUCCUGAAGGUGGACCUCGAUAUCCACCAGGGCUCGAUCCGACGUAACGAGACGACUGCCUCCACGAAGGAAAUGAUUGACGAGGAUGAUGAUGAUGACGACGAUGAUUUCAGUGGACCGGCACUGGGCGGUCCGGUGAAUGUACGCAGCGACAGCGACGACGAAGACGAACCGCCGACCAUCGGCAAGAUGCUUUCGAAGCAGCACUCUACCGGUAACUCUACCAGCAGCGCCGGAAAUGCCGCCAACGCCACCGCCACGGCCACCGCCCAUCAAACGUUUCAGUUCAAAAACCAGCACCAUCUGACGGCAAACCCGCUGGCGGCCAGUCCGGUGCGAAAAAAACCGUUCAGCAUGGAGGUUAUGGAUUUCUAGGGAUUUGGUAUAGGUAGGCAAAUAUGUUCCACCGCAAGGAAGCAAAACUUGCAGUACUUAGCAAGCCAAGCUCAGCUAUAUUAGAUGUUAGGAUUACUCACUGAUAACUUCAAACAUUUUUGUGUAUGUACAAAGUUUAACCAAUCUUUUACGAGAUUAUUAGGUUUCCGUUUUCAGUCUUCUAUUAUUUCGCAGCAUUUGUUUGUACAUAUCGAAUGACAUGAGAAAUUUGAUGUAUACAAAGCAACCCAAGUAGUAUAAUCUGUAAUCACUACCCAUAAGAUUAAGUUUGAAUUCAACAAAUUUUGACUCUACGCUUUUCGCCAACCGAACAGGAUAACAAUAAUUACUGAAAGUUACCACUACAGCCCACGGUAAAUGCUGAAUUUCAUCGUUAUCAACCCCAAAAGAACAGUAGCAUCUUGAUAAAGAUAAGCUUUAUGAUUUUAACGAUAACAAAAAAACGAAAACAAUAAGCAACAACAUGAUAUUAUUCAAUGCAUACAACAAGUUCGGGUAUGUUAAGCGAACAGUGAACAGGUAUCAAACUAGUUAAUUUUUAACAAUCUUAUAAUAAGUUAUAUUCUACGAAAGUAUAACCUUCUCGGUUUGAAGAUAUCCACUCUGUCAGAGUAUUUUAUUAAGUGAUAUAAUUUAUGAAUAAAAAAUCUAGCAGCUAUAGGAAGCUAUAGGAAGAAAAACAAUUGUGAAGCCAAUUUGAUGUUUAGGGUUAGUAGAGAAAAAUCAAACUGAAAAAGGAAAAUGAGUAUUUGAAGUUAGAGUAAACAGAAAGCAACUUAUGACGGACACGAAUUAGAGUUACAGUAAAAAAACGACAGAAUAAAUUAAUACACGAAAUAUCAGUAAAAACCGCAGUUCAUUCAUUUGAACCAAGUAUUGAAAUUCAGUUUUGAUUAACAAUAAUAGUAACAUUUUUGGAAUGUUUCUCUUUUCUGGAAAACUAAAUUGCACAACCACAACCAAAACAAAUGGAUGACAGAUAAAGUUGUACAUACGAGUUCCUUCCUAUGUUACGAGACUUAAAAAAAAGGUUAGGUUCAUACCAAAUAAAUAAUGCUGACACAAGGAAAAAGAUGUAAAACAAUAAAAAUUGUGAUCAAUACUAUACUUAAACAAAGAAAAACAGAAUAGCAAGUAAGUGAUUGUUUUAAGAGUUACGAAAAUUUCCAAAACAAAACAACAACAAAAAAAAAGAUAUAUUAUCAUCAGCUGCUGAAGUGAACGAAUAGAAUUCAAAAUUAUAUAUCACUCCUGCAAGAGAGUACCUUGAACAAUGACAUUUUGAAAACUGAAAUUCGUAAGCUACAUAGCCAAAUGCGAAGCGAUUCCCUUAAUAAUAGUACAUAUUUAAGAAUGAUAUAUUACACUAACAUCUAUUCACAGUCAUAAAAUGUUCUUGAAGCGUUUUCUGAAGUAGAUUUACAAAUUGAAAAAAUUAACAUCGUUUACUGCAGCGAAAAAAAAAUACUGGAGAAAAAGUUUUGCUCAUCUAAUGGUAGAGAUUAUUGGUUUUCUUUUAAAUGAUUUUUUUCUCCCGAAAAUUCUUUGUUGUUUACGUGUUAAGUGUAUAUUCAUAUGCAAAAAAUACCCUUGUGUUUCUCAUUACAAUGUUAACGUGACUGAAUGAAUUGAGGAUUUAAAAAAUCAUUAAAGUUACAUGGUACGGUACGGUUUCUAUACGUUUCAAGACGAAUGGAAACGUAAAAAUACGAUCGGUACAGAAUUCACGAAUCUAACAUACAAAAAACUUAGUGUAUUUCAAAUUGAAUGUUACCUUUUUCUACUUGAGCCAUAAGAUGGUCCGUAAAGAGAAUAAUACAGUUGUAUUUCAACCGGCAGGUUUGACUUCUAACCCUUCACAUAACUUUGUGAAUAAAACACGAAUUCUUGGUAGUUUUGACGUCAACAGUUAGUUAUAGGUGGUGUGAAAAUUAUUUGCUGGACAAAGAUAGGUUUCAUAUCGAAAGGCCAAACAAUUUCAUUUAUCUCUCACUAUUUUCCCCCAAAACCACUUACAGCAGAUGUGAAACGAACAGACAACUGUUUACCAAAUCUAGCGAAAUCAUUGAAGUAUAAAACAAGCAUUUCUUCCAUUGUACUUUAUUAAAAAAUUGGUUCCAUUAGAUGUGAAACAUACGAUUGGCGAUAAGGAAAACCGGUGAACAGGUCAAUCUGAACAGAACAGAAUCAUUGCUCGAACAUAAACAAUCCAUCUUGCACGUCACACAAAUAACCGAAUAAAAAACACUUCAAAAAUCAAGCAAAAUUCACUAUACACUGUAUAAGACUAACAAACCAACAGAAAUUAAAAUAGUUAGCAGAAACCAAUUCCUUGCGUCAAUUGCUUCGAUAAACAUACACGCUAUAACUAAAUUGUUGCAAAGUUUAUAAGCUUGGCAUUUACCAUUAGAAACAAAAAAAAUUCCAUCCCGAAAGUGCAUGUGAUUUCAGUCAACUUACUAGUUCUGUUGGAUUUAAUCAAUCUAGAGGCAUUGAAAUCGCUUAAAAUUACAACACAAAGUAAAAACGCUAUCAGUAAACCAAAUAUUGAAAACAAAAAAAAACGAAAAUCCUUAUCUUAUAACAGCAACUGUGGCUUAGAAAUAUUUUCAGAAAAGAAAACUAUUGCAGAUUUUGCCCGACCCGGGUGAAAAGUAAAAAUGUUAUUAUAUAAUAGCACCUUAGAGGAUUGAAACUGAGUUUCCCAGAGUUAAGAAAUUGAUUUUCCUAGAGAAAAAAAAUGGAAAGUGUGCACACUUUCCGCGAAGAUUGUGUAUAAAGUUCAAUAGAGGAAGAAAAGAAGUGUAAGCUAUUGUAAAUUUUUCCGCCAUAAAAUUAGCACCUAGAGCACACCCCUAACGACCGCCUGUAAGACAAAAAGAUAUGUAACCUGAGCUUUUAGAAAAGUUUCCACAAUGUUCAUUUAGAUUUGACAUUGUUUAUGAUUCAUACUCAUACUCAAACUAUGAAAGGAAAUGACUAUUUACGCCUAACGUAAACAAUUCCGUUUCUGUUUAAUUUAAAUUGACCCACUUUUCUAGCAUGUCUUAUUUAACCCCGUUAACUAUAACAACGUUGCAGAACUAAACCCUCGACGAUUUCCUAGCAUGAUGCUAUCAAUUGAGGUCGUUAUUAUCUAUUUAAACCAAACCAAAACAAAAAAAACGAGUUGCAAAUAUAGGAUAACUGACUAAGAGCUAUGACUACGGACAAACUGUGCGGAAGUGCGUGCUGAACAGCUGAAAUUCAAUAUGUAAUAAGGGAUUACUUCAAAUUGACACAUAGGAAAUAAAAAGAAAGAAUUAGUUUGUU